AUGGGUAAAACUAAACGACAAGCAUGUAGACGACUGUGUGAACAUGGAUUACCUAAAGAUACCUAUAGUUCUCAGUCAUCUCAGUCAUUAUCCAAUGUGAACUCAUCCUCUAUGACCACAGCAGCACAAUCAAUGAAAACAGCUCGAGUAGCUAAAACAAAAGCUACUCAGAAAAUAACGGAACAGGUUAAACUAAUGAAUGCCUCUGAUCGAAAGAUUCUCAAAGAGAUUGAUAAUUAUUCAGACAUUAAAGAUGUGAAGAAUAUUCUAAUCAAAUUAUUGGCUCUUAAUCGUUUUAAUGUUCAUUCUUAUCUCCGGCGGCACUAUGAGCCUAAUGUUAGUUAUAUGUUUCGUGAUUAUGUUACGUUACAGUUGAAAGUUCGGAAAUUACCUCGACAUAUUCAACAUAGUAAGGCUGCUACUCAGUUAAGACUGCGAUCGUUGAGAAUUGAAAUCAAGUUCAAGCGUAAAGUGUUAAGUCAACUUCAUCGUCGGUCAAAGAGCAUAUUUUCAUUUAUUGAAACAAUGACUAGCUCUACAGUUUAUUCGAAGUUACAGAUAAUUAAAAGCUCAAUUGUCAAUGAUAAGUCGAAGUUAUGGAGGAAAACAUUAGUAAAUAAGUUAAUUAAGUCAGGUUUCAAAACAGAGUAUUAUGAUUAUGAUAAGAAAAAUGAUGAUGAUAUUAUUUCCUAUAAUUUUACUCCAGCUCGAAUAAGUGGUGCGAUAAACCUACGGUGUAUUACUGAUAAAUUUAUACACCGUUCGAGGCAUGAAUUACGCAAUGCCCACGAUUUAUCUGCAAAAUAUCGAGAUAUACUAAAGGCUUUGGUGAGUGAUAAAUCAAUUAUCCUGGAUAGAGCUGAAUAUAUAGAAAAAAUGAAUGAUAUUGUAAGUGAUACAAAGACAUUUCGAAAAAUUACAUUUGAAUCCACUAUUAGUAAAGAAGACAAACUUAAAAGUCUUAAAGUCUUUUUUGUUGGCGGCAGCUUUUCUCAUUUCGUCGACCGAUGGCUAAGAAUCGUUGUUGAUCAGCUUUGCGAUGUAGUCAGGAUACAUUAAUUUUUGGCGGCCUUGCUUUUGUUUACCGUGGCUUGGUUUCGG